UGUGUUUGAUUUCGUACAGGAAUAAUAUCUAAAUAUAUAUAUGACAUCAGCUAAGCAUUUCAUGUGGUAACAUUUUAACAAAAAUAUGAAAAGUUAUUUCUCAUUUUCAGACAAACCUUUAAGAAUGCCAAGAAAGAAAAAGUCUGCAGAUGAAAGAAUAAAAGAAAGAAGAAAGCGUGAAAGGGAAAGAAAAAAUGAUUCAAAACCAUCCACCAGUAAACAGUUGAGAUCAACUGAUUGUGUUAAAAUUGUUGAUUCAAGCAAACCAGGUGUUACUUUGAAAAGUAAAGAUGCACCAGUACUUUCUGCUAAUGUUGAAGAUGAUUCAAAAUGUGAAAGAGGUAAAACAGAUAUUUCAAAACCUUCUACCUGUAAACAGAGUCAAUCAACAGAUUGUGUGAAACCCUUUUAUUCAAAACCUUCUGCUAAAUUUAAAACAGAACAAAAGGAAACUGGAGAAACACAAUAUUCUUUUAUUGAAAGAGAAAUAAAUAAACAGAGACAAUGGCAAUUUCAAAUCAUGAACAAUUACAAAAAUAUGGAUAAGGGAGAUUCCGAAGUAGUGUCAUCAAGUAAAGAAGUCAAAAGGAAGUUUUCUCAGUUAGGCUGUAUCAUUUCGAGCAAUAGAACGAACAAGAGUACCAGUACAUCUUAUAAUCCUAGAAAUGUUACCAAUUGAAUAAAAAAUCUCCCCGAAGCUAGAAAAACAGUUUUAAAAGUAAUGGAUAGGGAACGGAAAUCAAAAAGAAGGAAAAACCUUGAUGAAGAUGCAAAAGCAGAAUUUAAAGUAAAAGCCAAAAAACAAAAGCAAGAGAAAAGAAAAACACUUGAUGAAGAGGCCAGAGCUAUGAUUAAGCAUAAAAACAAGACACAUAUAGAAAAGAAAAGAAAAACUCUUGAUGAAGAGGCCAAAACUGAAAUUAAACAAAAAGACAAAAAAAAAACAAAAAAACAAAAGCAAGCGAAAAGAAAAACAUGUGAUGAAGAGGCCAAAACUGAAACUAAAGAAAAAGACAAAAAACAAAAGCAAGCGAAAAGAAAAACACUUCAUGAAGAAGCCAAAACUGAGAUUAAACAGGGAGACAAAAAACAGAAGGAAAAAAAACGAAAAACCCUUGAUGAAUUGACAAAAUGCACUCGAGAAAAAAACAGAAAUCAAAUGAAGGAACAAAGAGCAGCAAAAACUUCUGAAGCUGGCAAUGCAAUACAACUUUUCUGCAGAUGAUUAAACAAGGUCCAACAUAUAUCUGCUCUGUUUGCCAAAGACAAAUGUACAGGGAAUGUGUUGUUUUGUACAAUGAAAGUGUCUUUACUAUGUGUGACAAAGAAUUGUUAGAAAUAUGCAAUACACAAAAGAGAAGUAUUGAUGGGGAACAGUAUAUUUGCACCACAUACACAUGGAAUUUGAAACGUAAUAUGAUGCCUAUGCAAGCGAUAGCAAAUUCAUUAAUUCUAGAUGAUAUACUAGAACAGUUGAGGGAUUUGUCAACAUUAGAAUCAACUUUAAUAAGCAAAAGAAUUCCCUUUAUGAAAAUCCUUGCUCUGCCCCGUGGUAAGCAGAAGGCCGUACAUGGAUGUGUAGUAAACGUGCCAGUAAAUCCAGA